AUGGACUCCGUGAUCAACUCCUACACGGAAAACGCCGGGGUGGCAGGACAGAACAACAAGCAAGUGGCGGCCUACGCUGAUCUGGGUCAGGGCCUCAAGGCCGCGACGAUCUACAAGCCCAAGUUCAACGAGGGCGACCCCGAGGCCACCCGCAAAGUCGGCAGCGGGGAUCUGGUCACCGUGGACCUGAUCGGAUACUUGACGGGAUGGAAUGGCAACAUCUUCGUUCGCACGCAGGACAAGUCGGGAUACUCGGAGAAGCCUGUGACCUUCCGCGUGGGGAAGGGCGAGGCCAUCCCCGGCCUGGACGUGGGCGUGGUGGGCAUGCUGAAAGGCGAGAAGCGGCGCCUGGUGAUCCCGCCAGCUCUGGGGUAUCCGAGGCCCUGCUCGGAGGAGCAGCUGGGAAAGCCGGGGGCGAUCCCGGACCCACGCGAGUCGGCCUCUGGCUCCGGCGCACCCUGGGAGCUCCGGAACCGGCUCCUGAACGGGGUGUUGAACAACGCGCGGGAUGACACCCUGGUGAUUGAUGUCAAGAUCAACCGCAUCUCCUGA